GGGAUUGGUCAGUCCUAAUUUUCCCUUUUUCUCCUUUAUAUUUUAUCUCAUCUGUAUCAAUGCGUCACUAAGCGGUUUCUAUAAGGAACAAAAAUGGCCAAAAAUUGGGACCUAUCAGGAAGUUUUGAAUUUCUGAUAAAAGAAACGUUUCCUUCGAAGAAGGUUUUGAAUCUUUGAAUGAAAUGUAAGUUAGGUUUUGGGGGAACAAAAUCGUCAGCUUUUCGAAGCUUUAAUUGCCGUAGAAACCUCAAAGAGUGUUGCUUUCAAUCCGCCAUUGAUCCUCUGUUCAUUGGAGCUCGUGUUGGCAAUCUUCGUUCAUUAAAUGACGAGAAGAUUCUGCUUUGUCUGGAAAUGCAGUGGAAUAACGUGUCUUCUUUUCUGGGUUUUAGGUUUCUUUCGAAGAGAUUUAGGGUCUUUUCGGACCAAGUUUUAGAAAUUCAGUGAUCGAAUUUGUGAAACGAGGCUUGGAAAAUCGAAUUCUGGGUUGCGUUGGAAAUUCAGGGAUGCUUUUCUCUGAGGAAUUCUUUGUGUAGGACGAUUUGAGGUCUGGUAUAAGAGGUUUUGGAAUCAUGUUGUCCACAGUGUCGCCGUCGACCGCUACUCGUAGCUCGCUGGAGGAGAUGCUGGAGUCUCUCCGACGAAGGGAUGAGCGGCCCAAGGACAUACCUCCAGCAUUGCCCACUCGCCCCACCUCAAGAGCUCGGCUUCCCACGGCAAAAAGGUCUUUACCUCUUAACUUUAAAGUUGGUGAUUCUGCUAAUGAACACCUUUCUAAUGUUUCCAAAGAGAAGGAAGAGAAGGAAGAGAAGGGGAGAGUUCGGGGUCUUCGCAGGGGAGACAGGGAAUUAGCCUCCAGACGGGUCAGUUUUGGGAGCAAAAAGAUGAAGGUCGACCGGCCUUCAGAAUCGCCCUAUGCUAAGAAGUCCGGUGAUGAGGAGAAUUAUGCUGAAGUGAUAGCUGAAAUUGGUUCUAAUAAUGCAGCUGCACCUUCGACCUUGCCACAAUCACCUGAGGAACCUGAAUUGGGGGACAACAUUAGCUAUUUUCUGAAGAAGAAACUUCGGGUAUGGUGUCAGCUCUCACAUGGCCAGUGGGAAUCGGGAAAGAUUCAAUCAACUUCUGAGGAGGAUGCUGUUGUUUCUCUUUCAAAUGGGAGUGUUGUGACAGUGCCCAUGGGGGAUCUCCUACCUGCGAACCCUGAUAUCCUCGAGGGUGUAGACGAUCUUAUACAGCUCAGUUACUUGAAUGAGCCAUCGGUCCUUCACAAUCUUCGAUACAGAUUUUCUCAAGACAAGAUUUAUAGCAAAGCAGGGCCUGUUGUGGUUGCCAUCAACCCCUUUAAAAAUGUCCAACUUUAUGGAAAUGAUUUUGUCACAGCUUAUAGGGAGAAACUUACUGACAGUCCUCAUGUCUAUGGUAUAGCUGAUACUGCGUUCAAUGAGAUGAUGGGAGAAGACAUAAACCAAUCUAUCAUCAUAAGUGGGGAAAGUGGAGCUGGAAAGACUGAAACAGCAAAAGUUACGAUGCAAUAUUUGGCUGCACUUGGUGGUGGCAGUGGAAUAGAAUAUGAAAUUCUUCAGACGAAUUACAUAUUGGAAGCAUUUGGCAAUGCAAAAACAUCCAAGAAUAACAAUUCUAGUCGAUUUGGGAAGCUGAUUGAAAUUCAUUUUAGUAGAACGGGGAAAAUUUGUGGUGCUAAAAUUCAAACUUUUCUGCUUGAGAAGUCUAGAGUGGUUCAGCUAGCUAAGGGAGAAAGAUCAUACCAUAUCCUGUAUGAACUUUGUGCUGGUGCUCCUCCAUUUCUAAAAGAACGGUUGAACCUGAAAUUGGCAAGCGAGUAUGAGUAUCUUAAGCAGAGUUCUUGCUUGACAAUUGAUGAUGUUGACGAUGUUCAGAAGUUUCAUAUUCUAAUUGAAGCAUUAGAUACGAUUCAACUUGGCAAAGAAGUUCAAGAGGAUAUAUUUGCAAUGCUUGCGGCAGUUUUAUGGCUCGGAAACAUUUCGUUUCAAAUUAUUGAUAAUGAAAAUCAUGUCAAUGUGGUGGCAGAUGAAGCUUUGUCCAGUGCUGCCAAGUUAAUGGGGUGCAAAGAUCAGGACCUGAUUUUAGCUUUAUCUACACGUAAAAUUCGAGCUGGCAAUGAUGAUAUUGUUCAAAAUUUAACACUACAGCAGGCCAUUGAUACAAGGGAUGCAUUGGCAAAAUUCAUCUAUGCAAGUUUGUUUGACUGGCUUCUUGAACAAAUCAAUAAGUCUCUUGAAGUAGGAAACCAGCGCACAGGGAGAUCCAUUAGUAUCUUAGAUAUUUAUGGAUUUGAGUCUUUUGAGAAGAAUAGCUUUGAACAGUUUUGCAUAAACUAUGCAAAUGAGAGGCUGCAGCAACAUUUCAAUCGUCAUCUCUUAACACUGGAACAGGAGGAGUAUUCGCAAGAUGGGAUUGAUUGGACACAAGUCGAUUUUGAAGACAAUCAAGACUGUCUAAAUCUAUUUGAGAAGAAGCCGUUGGGCUUGCUCUCUUUGUUGGAUGAAGAGUCAACUUUCCCCAAAGCUACUGAUUUGACGCUUGCCGAUAAGCUCAAGCAGCAUUUAAAUGCUAACCCUUGUUUUAAAGGGCAAAGGGGUGGGGUUUUUAGUGUUCGUCAUUAUGCUGGAGAGGUUUUGUAUGAUACAAGUGGCUUCUUGGAGAAGAAUAGAGAUCCCUUACACUCUGAUUCCAUUCAACUCCUCUCAUUGUGUAGCUGCAAACUGCCUCAGUUGUUUGCUUCCAAAAUGCUUAAUCAAUCGCAGAAGCCAGUAAAUCCUGCAUGGCGGUUAGGUGCUUCUGAUUCCCAAAGGCAAAGUGUUGGGACAAAGUUUAAGGGCCAACUUUUCAAACUGAUGCAGCAGUUGGAAAACACCACGCCUCACUUCAUUCGUUGCAUAAAACCAAACAGUAAGAAACUUCCUGGUCUGUAUGAACAAGAUCUUAUCUUACAGCAGCUCAGAUGCUGUGGAGUCCUGGAGAUUGUCAGGAUAUCAAGAUCUGGUUACCCAACACGAAUGACACAUCAACAGUUUGCAAAAAGAUAUGGGUUUCUUCUUUCAGAGAAUAGUGUAUCCCAGGAUCCAUUAAGCAUAUCAGUUUCCGUUCUUCAGCAAUUUAAUAUCCUUCCGGAAAUGUAUCAAGUUGGUUAUACAAAAUUGUUCUUCAGAACAGGGCAGAUUGGUGCACUGGAAGAUAAAAGAAAACAAUCACAGGAUGCAAUUCUUGGUAUCCAAAAAUAUUUCCGUGGUCACUUAGCACGCUGUUAUUUCCAUGAUCUGAAGAGACGAAUAACCACAAUGCAAUCAUUUGUCAGGGGUGAGAAGGCAAGAAGGCAGCAUCAGCUUUUAAUAAAGAAGCAGCUGGCUGUCUGUCUCAUACAGAAGCAUGUGAAAGAGCAAAUUGCUCGGAGAACACUUGAUGAUCAUCAGAAUGCAGUCAUAUGUUUGCAAUCCGUAAUCCGUGGUUGGUUGGCUAGACAACGUUUUAAUGAUAUGCAGAAUACAAAAAUGUCAAACCUAAACAAUACAAUUGCUGAGAAGAAGCCAGACUGGAAGAUUUCAGAAAUGAAGGAUGUGGACCAAGAACAAGAUCAGGUUCAAUCUUCAGUUUUGGCAGAACUCCAAAGGCGGGUUUUGAAGGCUGAAGCAAUGCUAGGACAAAAGGAAGAGGAAAACGCUUCAUUGCGGCAGGAACUUAAGCAAUUUGAGGUGAGGUGGUCAGAUUAUGAAGCAAAGGUGAAAUCCAUGGAGGAGAUGUGGCAAAAACAGAUGACAUCUUUGCAGGUACCUAUUUCUCCCCUAUCUUUCAAAUGUAGUUAAAGGAGAAAGCACAUAAAGAGAGUGGAAGAAAGAGGAGAAAAACAAGAGAAGAAGAAGAUUUCGGGAGAACAGAUUUGAGAGAGCUUUUGACCUCUCUCCAACUAUUAGGGUUCAAAAUGAAAUACCAAUUCUGCCCUUACAUACAGAAAUAUUUCUCCAUAACACAAUACACACAAUUCUCAUUAUACCCUUAUUGCAAGAUUCUAACACCCCCCCUCUCAAGCUGGGGAAUAAAUAUCAUACAUGUCCAACUUGCUUAAGACUAUGAAAUACUGGGGAAUUGAUUCCUUUUUUCGAUACAUAAGGCAACUGAUAUCCUAGCUUCAAAAAGGGUGUGUAGAUAUUCCUAAAGUCAAUUUUCUCAUUUAUGAAGUGCCGAUCAACCUUGAUGUGUUUGGACGAUCAUGUUGCAUAGGAUUAUGAGCUUUGUGAUGCAGAUCUGAAGGUCUAUUGUAGGAGAUCGAAAAGAGGCCACCCUAAUGUGACUUGGCAUGUCUACUCUUUCAAUUCUGUUAUUAAUAUAGUUUCUUUUAUCUUUUAAGUUAUUUCUCAUUUGUUUAAUUAUUUAAGCUGGUCUAAAUGGGCUUAUUUAGUGGAAAUAAGCUUUGGAUUAGGCUAUGUAUGUGUUGUGUUUUGGGCCUUUGAUUCCAUGGGCUUCCAUUGUAACGGGCCUAUAUAUGUGUAUAGGCUAGGCAUAUGGGAUUAGUUAAGAUAGUAUCUUUAUUUGUUUGCUAUUUCAGUUUCCUUGUCAGUUUAGGUUACCUUGUUAGUAAGUAUUGGGUUAGGCCUUUCCUUUUAAGUGUAGGAAUAUUUUAAGUCUUCUAUAUAACUUUGUUGUACAUUGCUUUUCAUUAGUGAAAAGCUGUCUUUGCUCAUGUUCCCAUUGGUGAAGAUCCUUAAGUCUGAUCAACGAAACCUUGUGUUCGAUCAAGGCUGGUUGUGUUUGAUCCAUCUAACCACCUUGCGGUGUGAAGCAUGGGUGUUUUUCAAUCUUAUUUAUUCUUCCAUCGAUUCAAGUACUGUUCUAAUUAAUUUUCUGCAAUCCAUCUUCUAAUAUCUGCCAUUCUAGUUCCUGCAGUUGAAUUUUGUUCUAGUUGAAUUCAUAUGCAAGACUCUUUUUGCAUGAAUUCUGGGUAGAGGAAUCCAGACAUUAGGAUCCUUUCAUAUUUUGACCAGUUGUUCCUUAACCCUAAAGAGGAACUUGAUCCAAGUUAGGUACAGAUCAGACCUGCUGAUCUGCCCAUAUAGUGAAAUUUCUGUUAUGCCCUUAUCCCUUACUAUUCUAGGUGUCAGUAUUCUAAUCUGGUUUAUAAUAAUCUACUGUUGUAUUUUCAUAACCCAUGUUCAGUAUCGAUUGUUCACUUUAAUAUUAUUUUCUGAGUUCUAUUCGAGUGGCUAAUUUACUGUUUACCUUUGUCCUAGUAUCACUAGGAUUUUCUCAUAUUUUCUUAUUGUUAUGAAACCAAGAUCUGUAACCAGUAACUUGAGAGAGUAAGAGAAGAGAGAAAGAGAUUAAGA